UCUUCUUCAAAACACAGAAUUGAUUAUAUCUCCAAACUUGUUCCUGAUCAAUGUUCAAAUUUGCAUUUUUUUUUGCCUUUUUUCUUUUUUUCACUACUAAUACUACCUCCGGAAGCCACAACAACACAUCAUCCUGUCCUACUAACAGCUGCAAAAAUGGACCUAAGAUCAGUUACCCAUUUUGGUUUUCCCAAGGUUCCCUUCCUGAUCAAUAUUGCGGUUACCAAGAACUUGGGCUUUUUUGUGAUGACAAUGGCAACGCUAUUUUUUCUCCACCCCCAGGUAAAUACUAUUACGUAAAAGACAUAGACUAUGCAAACCAUAGACUUAAGCUCGUUGAUUUUGACACUGCAAACAUAACUUGUCCAAGGGCACUUCACAGCUUUCCCUUGGGCAACCUACCACUCUCUCACUCCCCUUUGAACUCAAACCUCAACUUUUACUACAACUGCACUCACUACCCUUCUUCUGGUGUGCCUCCUAUCGAGUGUCUAAGUUCUGGGGCAAACCGGUCUUUUGUGUUUCUGAUGGGGAACGAGACCGAAGGUUUCGACUGUCAGGAAAAAGUUGUGGUGGCAGUGUUGAAGGAUCAGAUCACAAGUCAUGAUGAUGGCGGCUUGAUCAACGAGUUUGCUGGGGCCAUGAAUGAAGGCUUCUUGCUUGAUUGGCAAACAACUACGAAUUGCGCCGAGUGCGAGGCUAGUAAUGGAACUUGUGGUUACAGUAACACCAGGAAGGAGACGCUGUGCUUUUGCAAGGAUGGCACCACAAAAAGCAAUACAUGUCAAGGGGGAGGGGGAAGCAGAACCGGUUUGUCAAGGUUAAUUAUAGGUUUAAUAAUAGGUGGAGGAAUUGGUGCACUGCUGAUAUGCAUCCUAGUUUACAGUUUUAGACGAAAAUUAUCACCAAUUGUGUCAGAAAUCCGGAAGGUCAAAAAGAUUCAUCAAGACAUUGAGGCCCUCAUAAGAAGUAAUGGACCUCUUCCCAUAAAAAGAUAUUCAUAUUCAGAGAUAAAGAAAAUGACCAAUUCUUUUCAAUCCAAACUGGGACAAGGUGGCUAUGGUCAAGUAUAUAAAGGAAAUCUAAGCAACAACUCUCCUGUGGCAGUGAAGGUACUGAAUGCUUCCAAAGGGAACGGGGAAGAAUUUAUGAACGAAGUUAUAAGCAUCAGUAGAACGUCCCAUGUAAAUAUUGUUAAUCUCCUUGGUUUUUGUCUUGAAGGCCAGAAGAAAGCACUUGUCUACGAUUACAUGCCCAAUGGAUCCCUUGAAAAGUUUAUACACAACAAGAAUUUGGAAACCAAUCCACCUUUGAGUUGGGAAAGAUUACACCACAUUGCUGAAGGGAUAGCUAAAGGACUGGAGUACUUGCAUAGAGGGUGCAACACUCGGAUAUUACAUUUUGACAUAAAACCAAGCAACAUCCUUUUGGACAAAAAGUUCUGUCCCAAAAUCUCUGAUUUUGGGAUGGCUAAGCUCUGCUCAAAUACACAAAGUAUCAUAUCUAUGUAUGGUGCUAGAGGGACAGUUGGGUAUAUAGCUCCAGAAGUGUGGAACAGAAACUUUGGAGGGGUGUCAUAUAAGUCUGAUGUCUAUAGUUAUGGAAUGAUGAUUUUGGAAAUGGUCGGAGGAAGGCAAAGUAUCAGUAUUGAAGCAAGUCAUUCAAGUGAGACAUAUUUUCCUGAUUGGAUAUACAAGCAUGUUGAGUUGGGAAGCAAUUUAGCAUGGGAUGAAGGUAUGACCACAGAUGAAAAUGAAAUUUGUAAGAAAAUGAUUAUUGUGGGAUUGUGGUGCAUACAAACAAUCCCAUCUGACAGGCCUGCUAUGAGUAAGGUGGUUGAAAUGUUAGAAGGAAGCAUAGAUCAGUUGCAAAUUCCACCAAAGCCAUUCAUAUUUAGUCCUACCAAAACCCAAGUGGAUAUUUGCACCACUACUAGUAGCUCUGAUUGAUUCUUAAUUUCUGAUUACUAGAACUCCGGAGAAUUUUUAUAUAACAAUUUUCCCUUUUGAAAGGUAAUUCACCAAUGCCUUUUAAUCAUUUCAGUACAUAACACGAACAGCGUAGGGAAGGGAGUAUUUGGGACUUGGAUUGAUGAUACCUAUUCUUUUAGCCAUACAUAAAAAUCUUAGUUUUUGUUAGUUCAUUUAGAGGUUUAAAUUUACAAUUUCCUCUGCAGCUUUUUAACCAAUUUUUGAGAGACCAAUUUAAUGACAAAUUAAAUCUUCGAGAGAUUAAAUUGGUGACAAAAUCUUUUGAUGACUACGAACAAAAAAUCUUUGAAGAA